UUCCUCCCGCCCACUGCUUUUACAGCAACAUCUGUCACUCGGCGUAAAACACUGGAGAGUUUGGUGUUUGCUCCAGAACUUUGCGUCGAGUUUUAUUCGGUUUUACAGGCAAUGACAGGCUAGAACGCAGACGACAAAUACAGAGGAAGGAAAGUUCAAUAAUAGAGCGUUUUUUUUCGCACUAACGCGCUUUCAGUUCUCGUUGUAGAGUUUAUUAUUGUGUCUCUAUAAGUACAUCAGUGACUCCAGACUUGAACCGGUUACUCUCUGUGAUGGACUGAGAGGAGAAAUAAUUGAUUCUUCUCUUUAAGACACAACAGGAGUUCUUCAUCAUAAUCGUCAUCAUUAUCACAUGCUGUAAAUAUGAAGCAGGUCACCAAACCCACAAGAAAUCACUCAGAGAAUCACUUUGUAACAUCAGGAAGAGCUCGACAGAUGCCUGCGCUGGACAAUCUACCGGAGCAGUACCUGACAGGACACUGGCCUCGAGAGCAGAACCAGCCCCAGCCGGCCUGCAUGACUGAUAAAGCCACACAGACGCCUGCCAUUUGGACUGAAGAUGGAGGAGAGGCAAACACACACAAGCGCUCGGCAUCAUGGGGCAGCGCUGACCAUCUCAUAGAGAUUUCUAAGCUCCGUCAGCAGCUCCAGCACAGUUUGAAGGGAAGUCGGAGUAUCGUGGAGAAAGAAGAAGCCAGCCAGACACAGCCAAAGCGAAUCUCAACGUCUUCAUCUAAUACAGCACUUUCCAGACCGCUGAUAUGUCGGGUGCCCAGCUACAGUGAGUGUGUGAACCAGGAGCUGGAGAACGUCUUCAUCUGUGACCAGUGGAGGAGAGAGGAGGAGACGGCAUUGGAGGUGCGAGACGGUGGACGAGCUCCUGUACCUGCUCUUCAUCAGAUGUCCUGCUGUUCUCCUGCUGCAGACACAGAGAAAGACUGCAGGCUGGGUUCUCCUCUCCCUGAGUUCUCCAGCUCUCCAAAACCCAACAACAGCUUUAUGUUUAAGCGAGAGCCUCCGGAAGGCUGCGAGAAAGUCAAAGUGUUUGAAGAUCUGAUGUCUCCUGGUUUCCCUAUCUUCUCAUGCCCAGACAGAAACAAGGUGAACUUUAUUCCCAGCGGCUCUGCUUUCUGUCCUGUGAAGCUGCUGUGUUCCUCUCUCUUCCCUUCAGACGCUUCACUGCAGAAGCAGACCUCAGAACACUGCAGCAUCAGGAAGUGCCUGCUGCUCAGCUAACCAAUCACAGCGCAGAUCUCUGCUCAGAUGACCAAACAUAGUGCAGAUUCUCGCUCAGCUGACACAAUCCUUGGCUAAGAGUUGCACAGGAUGUUGAACUUUAUCGUAUGGUUUUGAUGUAAUUCUGCUGGAGUGUUAACCUUACCACACAUGCUACUAACGAGGUAAAAGCAAGAUACUGUAGGGUUAAAAACAACAACAACAACAACAUACUGACCUAACAGUUAUCAUCACCGUACUUCCAAGAUUGACUGAUUACAUUUUUAUAGAUUUUCCAUUUGGAGUUUUCUAAAAUGUUACAUUUACAUAUGCAAAUUAGGCAUUGGUUGAUUAAAUUGGUGCUAAUUUGCAUACAUUUACGUCACAAAAAGCAACCAAAAAGUCAUGUUCAAAAUAUUGGUCUUUUGCAUUAGAUUCAAAGGUUUUUGUACAAAGCUUAGCUUUAUAAUUCAGAAAAUACCACGGACGUACAAAAUUCACAACUGUUUUUGUACAACAAAAUGUAAAUGAUCAGUGUAAUUAUGCAAAUGAAGAGUUCAGAUGCAAAAACCUCUAAGUACCGUCUGAAAUUUCCACCAGAAAUUUUUUUUUUUUUUCAGCCUCCUUUGUUCAUGUUGACUUUAUAAUUUAUAAACCAUGAAAAGCACUUAAUAUUUGGCAUAAAGGGGAAAUUACUGAACAUACACUUAGGAGCCUGAUUAAAAUGCUCACUUUAAAUUUAGAGUUUUUUUGCAUAUGAACUCUUCAUAUAUAUGUAUAUAAAUAUACAGUUGAAGUCAGAAUUAUCUUUGCCAUGAUGA